AUGUCCCUCUACCUGUCUUCCUUGUCAGAAGCGCUACCAACGGAGUCUGAUUCCGACCCGACCACGUUCCCCCGACCCCGUCCAACUGUCACCGCCUCACCCACAUCCUCCAUCUGGCGGGACCUCCCCGAGAGUGUAUUUCGUCAACAUGUCGUGGACCUCGAGAAACUGACCAAUGCUGUGCCUGUCGAUGCCCAAGCGUUCCCAAUGCCAUCCUCUUCACCUGAUGCUCUAGUGGCCAAUGCCGCUGCUGCUACCACCGAUUCAGAUGGGGAAGCGGGAGCACAUCCUGCAGUGCACACCGGUGUAACUUCCGAAGCAACGGGAACACAAGACAGCUACCGAGAUUUCGAUGGCCAUCACUUGCAUUUCCAUGCCCGCCAACUGACGCUGGCCGCAGAACAGCGUCUAGCGGACGACAUCGCUUACCUGGUUGCUGUUGGCGAAGGGGCGCAGUCCGUCGCUGCUACAACCGUACAGGAAAGUCGGACAAGACACGGAGCGGGAGAACAGCCGCAGAAUGCAGGGCUCAGGGUUACCAUCGCCUCCGUCGACGCGAUUCAGCCCGAUUCGCAAGCCUUUCUCCGCUCCGUUUUCCAGCUCCUUUCUGCCGCGCCGCGCGCCAAGAAACUAGAUGGUCUUCUUGACGUGGUUGUUCGGCAUCACCAAACACGCCUCCUGAACCGCCUUCGCUCAGCCAAAUGGAAGAAGCCCAUCUACCUCUCCCGAACCCACAAAAAACCCUUGUACGCCGACUUUACCAACCUUGUCCAUCGCGUCCAAUUUCUGUACACCAAAAGGGAGAUGGUCGUGCGGACCCAGCUCGAAGGGGAGCUCCUAGCUUUGGCGAAUUUGCUGGAAGCGUUCGAGACGGAGACAAACGAUCAUGAGAAGCUUGUCGGGAUAGUGCGGUCCAGCUACGACCUAUGCACUUCACCCCUUGUCGCAGAAUAUCUCGAACGCUUGCAAGCCGGUAGGGCAACAACCCAAAUCCAGGCCUGCCUCAAAACCUUGCGUCAGCUCGAAAAGAUCGCAGCUUACUACCGUAUCUGUCAAACUUUAACAGGGCUGUCCCACUCGCACGCCAAGACUUUUGACAGCGUAGAGCUCCUCUUCUUGCCUCCGUUCGAGGCUGUGCCUCUCACCUUGGCCUACCAACCGUGGGCAAGAUCUACUCACGUGCAUGCAGAAGUCAUCUUGACCAUUCACCACGACUUGGAAAAGCCUGAUGGCCCCUGGCACAAACCAAGAUGUCUUGGCGCUUCCAAGUACUUUUGCUAUCUAUGCUUCCUGUUCAUCCGACAUCACGGAACCUACUUUGCAGCCAAUACGCAUGGAGCUUGUUAUGACCAAUGGACCGUACCGGACCUCGCCGACUACCCUCAGUCAGUCGCCAACCAUUACAGGGAGGUGUUGCGAGCGAUGGACGCCGAGAUCCUGACCCAAACGCGCGACGCAGUCUGGAGACCGGAGCCGAUGACGAGUCGUGAGAAUUUGAUAGGCAUGAUAGAGGAAUAA